AUGGACCUGCCUCGACCAUAUGCAAAAACAAUCUUCACCAUGCACGAUCUGGUGCAUGAUCUCGCAAGAUCGGUCAUUACUGAAGAGUUGGUUGUCUUUGAUACUGAAAUAGCGAGCGGUGCUAGAAGAAAAGAAUACUGCCGCUAUGCGUCUCUUACAAAUUGCAAUAUUUCAGAUUACCUCAAGGCGAGGAAGAUGUCAACUAUUUUCCCACCUAAGUUAAGGGCGAUGCAUUUUACAGAUUGUGAAUAUCAUGGUGGUGCAUUUUCAUUUCCAAAGUGCUUGCGUGUCUUGGAUCUAUCUGGAUGCUCCAUCACAGAGUUUCCAAGCGCUCUAGGACAACUGAAGCAACUGGAGUUUCUUAUUGCUCCGAAGCUGCAAGAUCGGCAAUUUCCCGAGAGUAUUACUCGGCUCUCAAAACUACGUUACCUAAACCUCAAUGGACCAAAUAAAAUUUCUGCAAUACCAAGCUCAGUUGGCAAACUUGGGAGUCUAGCGCAUCUUGACUUAUCUUAUUGUACCAGUGUCGAAGUCAUACCAGAGACUCUUGGAAGCCUACAAAACCUUCAAACGCUCGACCUCUCAGGUUGCGUUCAACUAGAGUCCCUUCCGGAGAGCCUUGGAAGCCUCAAAAACCUUCAAACACUCAACCUCUCACGGUGCCAAAAACUAGAGUCCCUUCCGGAGAGCCUUGGAAACCUCAAAAACCUUCAAACACUCGACCUCUCAUUCUGCAAGAAACUAAAGUCGCUUCGAAAGAGCAUUGGAAGCCUCCAAAACCUUCAAACACUCCACCUCUCACACUGCUUUCAUCUAAAAUCCCUUCCGAAGAGCCUUGGAAGCCUGCAAAACCUUCAAACACUCAACCCCUCAAUGUGCAUUAAUCUAAAGUCCCUUCCAAUGAGCCUUGGAAGGCUAAAAAACCUUCAAACAUUCAACCUUAGGGAAUGCGUUCAACUAGAGUCCCUUCCGGAGAGCCUUGGAAGCCUCAAAAACCUUCAAACACUCGACCUCUCAUACUGCCAGAAACUAGAGUCCCUUCCGGAGAGCCUUGGAAGCCUCAAAAACCUUCAAACACUCGACCUAACAUACUGCCAGAAACUAGAGUCCCUUCCGAAGAGCCUUGGAAGCCUCAAAAACCUUCAAACACUCAACCUCAAGAAUUGCGUUCAACUAGAGUCCCUUCCGGAGAGCCUUGGAAGCCUCAAAAACCUUCAAACACUCAACCUCUCACGGUGCCAGAAACUAGAGUCCCUUCCGGAGAGCCUUGGAAGCCUCAAAAACCUUCAAACGCUUACACUCUCAGGCUGCUAUAGGAUAAUGUCCCUUCCGAAGAGCCUUGAAAACCUGAAAAUCAUUGGAAUGUUCUACCAAUCUUUAUAUCUAAAUGGAGCCUACCAAUUAAGCUUUCUUUACACGGCUUGCUAUGGACUGCAGAAGCACAUGUGUGGUGUGAUCAAUCAGCUGAAGUGGUGGAGUAUGUCUUCUCGGAAAGCAAAAACACUUCACGGAUCAGUUCAAAGAUGA